AAAACCCACAUUAUCUCUCUGCCACUUGUUCUAUACGAAUAUAAUUUUUUGAUACCAAAACAAAAUUUCCAGUGAAACUAACCAAAUUUCUGUAUCAAAAACUAGGACAAUGUCUAGCAAAAAAGCAAAUAAUUUCACACCUGCGAACUUAGAUGAUUUGGCCAACCAGCUUUUUGAUAAGACCAAACAAAUGAGCUUGUCGAUUAAGGAUCAGCGCAAAUUGCUGAAGGAAUAUUUGAGUGCCAAGAUAGAGGGCAGCGAUGAAAGUGAAAAAGAGGAGGAAAGUGAUACUGACUCUUACUCUGAAAGCGAUAGUGAUUCCGAGAACGACUCUUAUUCCGAUUCAGAGGAUGAUUCCGAUACCGAAUUCGAUGAGGAAACGGAGGAAAGCAGCGAAGAAUCUAAUUCUUUAGAUGAUGAUAGGGAAAUAACAAAACCUACUAAAGCAGUUACUCAAAUGAGUGAAAAAAACCUGGCUGCCAGUCUCGUUGAUAAAAAAAAAGGUAAUGAAAUUUCUACCAGAGAACAUAAGCAUUCUAAAAGCUUGGAAACUAAACUCGUGUCCUUGAGUCAACCCACCUCCCGCAUUCAGCAUCGAACUACAAUGGCUGGUGGCUUGGUAGCUGCUCCAAUUCGCAAUUCCUUGCCUUUUAACAAAGAAGUAAAGCUGCCAUCUAAAUCAGAAAUCAAAUCCUGUCAAAUAGCCAACAAAGUGACACUCUCGCCACGUGCGGAAGACCAAAAACCUCUAAAUAAACCUAGUGUCAACUUAAAAGCUGGUGAUUUCUCCAAAGAAAUUAAACAAACCACAAUUAAGCUUGCUGAUCCCAGGAGUUAAUUUUGUAACUUUAUUUAUUUAACUCAUUUUAUACUUUGUAAUACAAUUAGUAAGUGACCUUGAAGCUUAAAUAAAUUAUAUGUAUGAUAA